UGAAAGCAGCCGCCCCCAGCAGAGCAGCUCUUAAUCUGCUGCAGCGACGAGGCGCUCCAGAGGCGAUGCAGGAGUCCGGAGAGACGAGCUGACGGCGCACAGCUGCUCCUGUCAUGCCGUGCACACUCUCACAGUAGGGACAAACUUUUCUAGUUCAUCACUGACCCUCCGUUCGCACCGCCACCAUGGAGUACUGGAGGCAGUGUGCGACGUGGCUGAUCGGAUGCAACGUGCUGCCGGCGAACCACCGGGUCACCGCGGACACUGCGCAGGUGUUCGACCUGGCGCAAACCCUGCGGGACGGGGUGCUGCUGUGCCAGCUGCUCAACAACCUGAGACCCCACACCAUCAACCUGAAGGAGAUCAACCUGAGGCCGCAGAUGUCGCAGUUCCUGUGCUUGAAGAACAUUCGGACUUUCCUGACUUCUUGCUGCAAUGUGUUUGGGAUGAAGAAAAGUGAUCUAUUUGAAGCCUUCGAUCUCUUUGAUGUUCGAGACUUUGUAAAGGUCAUGGACACUCUAUCCAAGCUCUCUAACACAGCAGUUGCUCAGCAAGGAGGAUUCAAGCCAUUUCCAACAGAGGAGAGCCUUAACGACGAGGACAUUUACAACAAUCUGGAAGACUUGAUUGAUGAAAGUGUUCCUGAGGAUGAGGAUGACUUAUAUGCAGCGGUCUAUGGGCUGGAAGAAGACUACGCAGGUGGAGAGAUUUAUGAAGACCUCAUGAGGACUGAACAGCAUCCCCCACUGAAGCAGGCGGAGAUCGAUGUCCGGAGCUGCUGCCUUACAGAGAUCAAACAGACGGAGGAGAAAUACACUGAGACCCUGGAGUCCAUUGAGAAGUAUUUCUUGAAUCCACUGAAGAAAUUCUUCUCUGCAGCUGAAAUAGACAAAGUUUUUCUCAACAUUCCAGACCUGGUUAAAGUUCACAAGAGCCUGAUGGCCGAUGUGCAGGAUUCCAUCCUGAACAAAAAUGCCUUAAAUCUCUACCAGAUCUUUAUCAGCUACAAAGAAAGGCUGCUCAUUUAUGGGAUAUACUGCAGUCGGGUGGAGAUCGCCAUCGCUGUUUUAGACCUCAUCUGCAAAGAGAAAGAGGAUGUUCGACUGAAGCUGGAGGAGUGCUCCAAAAGAGCCAACAAUGGCAAAUUCACUCUGAGGGACCUGCUGGUUGUCCCGAUGCAGAGGGUCCUCAAAUACCAUCUCCUCCUACAGGAGCUAGUGAAACACACUCACGAUGCAGCCGACAAGAGCAACUUGAAGAUCGCUCUUGAUGCAAUGAAAGACCUGGCUCAGUAUGUCAACGAGGUGAAGAGGGAUAAUGAGACUCUAAGGGAGAUCGACCAGUACCAGAGGUCUAUCGAAAACCUGAAUCAGCCACUAAUCAGCUUUGGUCGACCGAAAGGAGAUGGGGAGGUACGCAUGGUAUCCAGCGUUGACAAGAGGAAACAAGACAGACACAUCUUUGUAUUUGAUGUGGCUGUCAUUGUUUGCAAGAGAAGAGGAGACAAUUAUGAGAUGAAGGACAUACUCGAUCUCAACUACUUCAAGAUCACCAACAAUCCCACGUCGGACAGAGAGGGCAAAAAGUGGUGCUAUGGGUUCUAUGUGACACACCAGCAGGGACACACAGGCUUUGAACUCUUUUUUAAGACCCGAGAGCUGAAGAAGAAGUGGCUGGAUCAGUUUGAAAUGGCCAUAUCAAAUAUUCGCCCAGAUAAAGCCAACCACAACUCCCACCAGUUCAAGAUGCAUACAUUUGAGAGGAUAACCUCCUGCAGCUUCUGUCACCUCUUGCUCAGGGGCAUCUUUAACCAGGGUUAUCUCUGUCUAAAAUGUGGCUUAGGGGCUCACAAAGAGUGUCUGGGUCGACUGGGAGUCUGUGGGAGAACAGAUCCUGUCAAGCCGAGGCCCGAGGACAACACAACGCCACCAGACCCAGGUUUACCUCGAAUGGUUGUGAUCAGAGAAUACAGCGGCAUCCCCUUUCCCCAGUGUGGGCCCCCACUAAGCAUUCAUGCAGGGGAUGUCAUUGAACUGAUGUUUGCCGACCUGCACAGCUCCUGGUGGCAGGGCAGAAUUCUGGCGACAAGCAAGAUUGGCUUCUUUCCAAGUGACGCUGUGAGGCCUUGCCCAUGUGUAAGUGUUCCAAAACCUGUCGAUUACUCUGGCCAGCUCUGGUUUGCAGGGCCUAUGGAGAGAUACCAGGCUGAGGAAGAGCUGCUGGACCGAGGAAACAGCACCUAUCUGGUUCGACACAGGAGUAAAGAGUGCACUGAAUAUGCCAUCAGCAUAAAGUUCAACGAUAAAGUCAAGCACAUUAAGAUUCUCACCAAGGAUGGAGGCUUUUACAUUGCUGAGAGUCGGCUGUUCAAGACUGUGCUGGACUUGGUGGAGUACUACAGACAGCACUCUCUAAAGGAGGGUUUCAGCAGUCUUGACACCACUCUGCAGGUCCCUUAUAGGGAACUGUCCAGUGAAAACUUGCCCAGGGCCAUUGCCAAGGUUGGCAGUGUUCCUCCUGGCGGCUGCAGCUUUGUUCCUCCCUCCUCCUCGCCUUUCUGGUCAGUCUUUUCUCCCAGGGUGGUGGGUAUUGCAGUGGCACGUUACGACUUCUGCUCCAGAGACACACGGGAGCUCUCUCUGCAGCAGGGAGACAUUAUCAAAAUCUACACCAAGAUGUCCAAUGGGUGGUGGAAGGGAGAGGUUGACGGCAGGGUGGGCUGGUUCCCCUCUACCUACGUGGAUGAAGAGGACUGACUUGUUGAGUAACUCCUGUUCAGCAUCCAUUCAGAGCGAACCACCUCCAGUGAGUGCCAUGCUGCUCUGCCACUCUCUGUGCCCUCAGUCAGAUGUCUUUGAUAAAACCCAGAGACUUGGACAUAAGACGAGGUGGCAGUGCCCUUAAAAACCUUCUCCUGCCCUCUGACAGACUCUCACGCAGAGGAGAUGUCAAAUCACAGAUUCCAGGAGCGUCACGCCAUAUCUUGCCUCGUCUGCCCCUGCGGCUCACCAAGAAGUACAUGUGCUGCACCCAGAUAACCCUCCCCUCUUCCGUCCCACUCACCUUCUCUUAUUAUUGAUGGCUCCAUCAGCUGUGGUGAGACUUGCCCUGUCAUCAUGUUUCGAUACAUGGAAGGCUCAGUCACCCAACUGGAACACAGAUCCUGCUAACAGUGCACUGUCCAGGUACUCCACCUAAUUGCAGUGCAGGUGCUGAGGAACUCUGAGUGCUGAGCUGUAACCCUCUUUGGCUGUUCAGACAUUUGUGUUCAGCUUUGUGUCAUUUGAGUUUUAAGAUGUCAAAUUACUGGACAGAUAUAAACUUUCUGAUGUUUAAAUGCAUUUUUUGAGAUCUCAAUUUGAUGCUUUUUUAAAAUGAUAAUUAUGAUAAUUUUUUUAAGCCAUUGGAACCCCAAGCAGGUUCCAUCUUCCUGUCACAUUUUACCUCACUGUAGGCUCAUUUUAAACUGCAAUAUAAAGUCCUGCACUUCUGUGGAGACGGCACUGCCAUUACUACAGAGAGAACAUAUUUUUUUAAAAAGUUUAAUUUCUUUGAUUACUUAUUUUACAAAAAUUGAAAUAAAUUGGAGUCAACAUGUCCAUUAUUUUUUAAGUACCCAUGGGUGUUACCAAAAAUGGUGCUAUAGAUAUUUUACAUUUUAAAUUUAUUGACAUAGUUCUCUCCUAUCUGUUCUGUGUAAAUACAAACUGCAGUUCAACCAAAAUGUCCCAGAAAUUUUGUUGAAUGAUGCUUCUUGGCUGUGUUUUUAUUUACAACAUCUGGUAAGUACAAAUGUUUAGUUUAUAUCAAAUUUUAAAUGAGACUUGUAGACUAAUAUGAUUUCGAUGGGGCACCACUCUGAUAUCAGUCUCGUUAAUAUGAGGUUCCAGAAAGGAACCCGUUAGCUUGGUUGAGCAUAAAGACUGGAAGCUUGGAGGAAACAGCUGCAGUAGCCUCAUUGUGCAAAAACAUGUGCCUACCAGCAACUCUAGAAGUCCCAAAACACGUGUUUUAUUUCAUUUGUAGCGAAAGUGUAAACAAACUAUUUGUGACUUUGUUGAGGUUUGGGCUAUUUUUUGUCUUCCUGGAGUCUCUGCUGGUUGUCUGGCAAUGUCACAGUGAAGACAAGGAUUAGUGAACUUUAGAGGCGCUGGUCGGUGGAGUCAGAAGCCACUACAGCCAGCUGCCAUUGCUUCCAUUCUUAUGUUAAGCUAAGCUAAUCAGCCAGCUUCACAUUUAGUAGAAAGACAUGAGGAGUAUUAGGACUUCUGCCUUCUAUUAUAGAUAUUUUCUUGACAGAUAUUUUCCUCCGUUUUAAAAAAAAAGUCCACACAACUAUUGUCUUGCAAAAUAUCCACAAACACAUGCAAAAAUGACGAGAGCAGUGACAUGAUUAUUUCCAAACUCUCCAUCUUUGCUAUGCAUAAAGUGGAAUUUUUGUACAUUUUCCCCUUAGAAGUUGGAAAAACACUGUUUGUGUAAGGAUGAUAAGACCUAAGAAUAGAGGAGAGUAUUUGUUCUAUGUCUGUAUUAGUGUGGACACGUUAUGAGUUAGACACUACCGUUCAAAAGUUUGGGGUCAAUUAGAAAUGUCCUUAUUUUUGAAAGAAAAGCAUUUUUUUUCGGUGAAGACAAUAUUAUAUGAAUCAGAAAUGCAGUCAGGACAUUGUUAAUGUGGUAAAUGACUAUUCUAGCAGGAAACAGCUGAUUUUUAAUGGAAUAUCUCCAUAGGGGUACAGAGGAACAUUUCCAGCAACCAUCACUCCUGUGUUCUAAUGCUACAUUGUGUUAGCUAAUGGUGUUAAAAGGCUAAUUGAUGAUUAGAAAACCCUUGUGCAGUUAUGUCAGCACAUGAAUAAAAGUGUGAGUUUUCAUGGAAACCAUGAGAUUUUCUGGGUGACCCCAAAAUUUUGAACGGUAGUGUAUAACUCUCACUAAGAAAGUGAAUAAGCACAUUUCCAAAAUAUAAAACUGUACAUAUAAAACUACCUUUAAGCCAAAACUCUGAGGCUGGCCUCACAAGACUGAAUAAAUAUGGUGAAUCAUCAAAAGGAAGAGGCAUCACUUUUUGAUAAUGUCUCAUAAUGUUCAGUUUAUUGACACCAGAGGAAGUAUAAAACCCAUUUCUCACGUUUGGCUACAGACGUGGAGUCAUCAAAGAGAAAAUGUAUGCACAUAAGGAAUUACAAUGCCAAACCAGUUUUAAAGUGCAUGUCUGGCGUGGAUUGUGUAAUUGGAGGUGCAGGUCUAUGCUUCGCUCCUUGAUCUUUUGAUCAUUCACUGUAGAAAGUGCAGAACCCUUUUAUAUUCUACAAAUUUUGUGUUUACCUCAACUCUUUUUGGUUUCACAAUGAAUGAUUCAAGGGUGAUGUAACAGCUGUUCACUGUAGAGCAAGGUAGCACAAGGGCAUUAAGUGAUGCUGUUUUCCUUCAAAUGGUAACACCCCGCUAACCGUGUGUGACAUCAAUAUUUAAUAAAAGCAUACUCUUUGAAUUGUA